AUGGAUCUCGAGAAGCAGGCCCGCGAGAUGGCGGAGAAGGCCCUGGCCUCGCUUCCGGCCGCGGCGCGCGCCGCCAAGCUGGACUCGGUGAAGGCGGGCAUCUUGAAGAGGUUGCAGGCAGGCAGCGUUUCGCGGUCACCGGCGCCGGCUCCGGCCCCCCCUGCGCCGCCCCCACCGCCUCCCCAGCCCGAGCCCAGCCCGGAAGGGCCGGAAGGGUGUGGAAAAACUGCAGGGCAGGUGGAGGGCGUGGAGCUCUUCGGCGAUGUGCAGUGGUAUGCAGACUCGGAGCUUCGGGCCCGAAUAUUGGAGGAUGUGAGACAGGCCCAUGCUGCAGAGAAGAUCCUGGUAGCUUCGCCGAUGGAGGAAAUCCCAAGAAUCCUUCCAAAGAACGGCCAAGUGCUGGGCGCCGGAGCAGUACUGCGUUUGGGCGGGGUGCAUCAUGGUGGCUAUGGAGAGUCAGACAUCAACUACGCGUAUCGCCAGCUCUCCCGAGCCCUGCAUCCAGAUAAGAAUCCCGGCAUUGAGGAGGCUCAUGAUGCAUUCAAGCGCCUGGGGGAGGCUUCAGAGGAGCUGCGUGGUAUCCUCCAAGAGUCCCGAAAAGCGCUGCAAAGCUUGUGCCAUGUGACUCAGGGCGGCCCCGCUUCUGCUGAGAGCCUGGAGCGACCGCAAUGUGCUCUACUGGCCGAAGCGAGCCGGCUGCUCGCCGCGGUUAUUGCUCUGUCAGGCGAAGGUAUGCCCUCAGAGGCAGCGCUUCGGCGCAGCACUGCUGCCUUCGUUGCACAGCCGGCUUUCCAGGGCUGUCGGCCACAGGAACUGCUGGGCAAGUGGUACCAGGAGUCGCAUCUUCUGGAUCUGUUUACCAAAGCCCCGCUGCGCAUCGCCUACGAUUGCUCACAGAAGCCUUUCCGUGCGCAGUUCCUCUGUUCCCUCAGCCGGGCUGCCGAGGCUGAGGCGAACCGCAACGACAGCUGCGUACGUGGAAGCUGGCACCAGGUGAUGGCGCAAUUUCCGGAGCUGGGCCUCUGGAAAGAGCUGCAGGACAAAAUCCGAUCACGCAUAUGGGCAUCAGGUGCUGCAGCGGCAGGCAAGCGCAGCCGCAACAGCAAAUGGGAUGACAAGUCAGCGGCUUCUUGUGCCACUGAGUGGGGGAAGAAGUGGCGGACCAUCCUGCAAGAUGUUUUGCCUGGUGCAGAAGCAGCGAGCCGUCCUGACGUCGACUUGGAGAUUCAAAAGCUGUGUAUGGUACUCUGGAGAGACACUGCGCCUUGGGUCGGCGACGGUUUUCUGCAGCACCUUCGCCUGUUCCAGGCCAGCGACGCAGGUCCCGGCAUUGACGAUGAGACAAAGUGGGCCUUCGUGCCCGCGACGGAUCUCCUGCUGUUGGUCGGUGAAGGUUUGGUUGGCUGCACAGCCGAAGGCUGUUUCGUGCAGUCAGAUUCUGGCGCCGCGAGGAAGCCUUUCCUGGAGGCACUGAAGAACUGGCGCUCGAGCCUCCGGAAGAACCGUGGAGAAACAACGGCCGACUCUGCAGUCAGACUCUGGAAGUCCGGUGCCAAGAGAAGCGGCCAGAAAGAGUCCGAGACGGCCAAGAGGGCACGGACCACCGAAAAGGAAGAAGAAGCACCUGAAGAAGUUCAGGCAAAGCUAAACCGCUCACCGACAAAGGUUUUGCUCCUUACUAACGUGGCGCCGGCCAAAGAGCCAGAAGAGACCAUUAAAGCCACCGUUGAGGAGUGGGUCACGAAGUUUGGUGCGGUCAAGGAGUGCACCGUCGUGAGGGUUCCCGACGUCCCGGAACAGGAUGCCAUUCGGGUGUUUGUAGUUUUCGACAGCAUCAAGGCUUCGUCGAAGGCCUACGCAUCCUUGCGAGGGCAGGUGACGGAUGGUCGAGCGCUGCGGGCCCGAUUCUACGACGAGAAGCGUUUUCAGGAUGGCGAGCUCUACAAGGCGAUUCCCUCUCGCAUGCUGGUGCUGACGAAUUUGGUCCGUCCUGAGGAGCUGGAUGGCGGUCUGCAGGACGAAGUGCGGCACCUGGCCAAACAACAUGGCAAGUUGUGCAGAUGCGUGGUCAAGACUCUCUCCGACCUUCAACCAGAGGAGAGCGUGCGCGUCUUCCUGGAGUUUAGCACGGUUGACGAGGCGGUAAAGGCUCAAGCUGCCUUGCAUGGUCAAGACUUCGGACGGCAUCGCAUCAAGGCCCGGUACUUCAACGAAGCUCAGCUUCCCGGAGAGUGA